CCCAAGCCCGGGACAGUCGAUUUAUAGGAGAUUAGUCUCGAACUCUCGAUUAUUGUGGCCCCGUUGGCGACUCAGAGGCUAUAGAGCCUGGAUUUCAUGCCGGUCUCAGGUUACUGAGGAAAAAGAGCGAAGAGCUGCAGCGAAACAGUCGCUUGGACAGAAUCAGAAGCGAUGGCAGAAGAAUCGGAGAAGAGGUUCCACUCGAUAAUGGGCAAGCUCUUCCAUUCUCCGAGACAAAAUCUAACCAGUUCACCUGGAAGCCAACAACCUUUGAGAGGUAAAAAACGUGGGAAUUCGAUGUCUACUUUGUUAAUGGCGGAAUCUAACUCGGAAGGAGUUGUCGGAGGUUCGAAGCGUCAGGUGGUACCUGUUGGGUCAAGGCAAACUCCGUUGUGCAGACCAUGGGAUCGAGGGGAUCUUAUGAGGAGAUUAGCUACAUUCAAGUCGAUGACAUGGUUCGGAAAACCCAAGGUAGUAGCUGCUGUAAACUGUGCCAGGAGAGGUUGGAUUAAUGUAGAGAUGGACAUCAUAGCUUGUGAGUCAUGUGGAGUGCGUCUCCUCUUUUCUACUCCCUCAUCAUGGUCACAGCAGCAAGUUGAAAAGGCAGCGGCAGUGUUCAGCUUGAAGCUGGAUAAUGGACACAAACAACUUUGCCCGUGGAUUAAUAAUGCUUGUGAUGAAUCACUAGCACAGUUUCCACCCAUACCUCCUCCAGCUUUAGUUGAUGCGUACGAAGAACAUUCUUCUGCACUCUUGAGACUUUCAGCUCUUCCCAUGAUUUCACCGUCAACCAUUGAUUACAUGAGAAGCCCUCAGAUGGAUUGCUUUCUGGAGCAAUUGUCAGUGCUGGAAUGUAGUGUUGGGUCUUUUCACAAUUCUAGCAUUGAGUACCUGGACAACAGUGAACCUUCAUCUGCCAGAUUGUAUUUUCAGCACUUCCAGGCACAAAAGCUCAUCAGCUUAUGUGGAUGGGAACCUCGUUCCUUACCUUAUGCUGUGGACUGCAAGGACCAAUCAAAUCAGUCUGCAGAUGAUGUGAAUCUUUUAGAGCCUCCUCCAGGACGUGCAAGUGGACAGAUUCUCAGUGUUACUACCUCUGAUGAGGUCAACAAGGUGGAAGAAAACCCCUUAAUUUUUGGAGGUCACCAGUCAGAUCCAGAUUCUGUUGUUCUGGAAUGCAGGCUUUGUGGUGCCAGAGUUGGAUUAUGGGCUUUCUCUAAAGUUCCACGGCCAUUGGAAAUGUUCAGAUUAAUUGGAUCCUCUGAAGUUAAUGGUCAAAAUGAAUCUGCUAAUGCUGCUGGGAAUGACAUUUGCGGUGCCUCUGUAGCCCCCAAAACCCAUGAAUCAGGCUCGGGAAGUCAUAUUCAGAGUAAAGAGAUGAGCAGUACUAGCUGUGACAGUGCUACAACUUCAAAGGAAAGAUCUUCCAGUUUAAAUUUAAGUAUUGCAGGAGGUCCUCCACCAACGAGACAGAACUUCAGAGCAACAGUUUCUCUGCCUAUUAUCAGCCGACAUCUAAGGGUUGGGUUCUCUUCUAUUUAUGAUGUUAAAGAUCGUGUUUUGCCUAAAAUGUCAUCUAUGGAGCAAGAAAAUGUCAAAUCUGAUUCACAGAAUAAUGAUACAUUUCAGCAGGCAGAAGAUCACAAUGAUACUCUCACUGGACAAUUUUUUCAGCAAGAAGAUGUGGAAGCAUCAAGAGAUGAUAGGAAUGGGGAUCAAACUUCUCUGUCUAAAAUAGAUGAUCAGUCAUUAUGCUUGAUUCAGGGCUCCAGUGAAGUGGAGGGUACAAUUGAUUAUGGGAACAAUGUCGAGGGAUCUUUGGAAGGAAGGGAUUCUGUUGUUUUAGGACUUCAUGCUGUUCAGGCAGCUGGAAUAUCCUGCGACUCCAGGGUUGAAUAUCCAGUAGAGAGUAUGGAUGAUACACCACAAGAUUCAGUUCAAAAUGACGCCUUGCUUGUAGAUGCAGAAAAUACUAGAACCAUCAAUGCAGAAACACAGGUUGGCAAUAUAUUUCAAGUUGGAGAAUGCUGUAUUAAAGCUCCAGAUGCUAGUGGCAGUAUUGGGAAUGGAGAAGUUAACAUCAAUAAUGUCAUUGUUGCUGCCCAGGGGUUUGGAAAAGAUUCAAAGCAGCCACAAGUAGAUGAAGCUUUGAACUUUGAUCCAGUUAGACAACACAGACAUUUUUGCCCCUGGAUUGUGUCAACAGGAAGUGCUGCACCUGGGUGGCAACAAACAUUGUCUGCUUUAGAUUGCAGGAAAGAGCCUUCUCAACCUUUGCUUGCAGAUUCUCCAUCUUUCAUGUCUGAGGCUGAUGAUCCCAUUGUUUCGGUCCGAAAGCUUUUCAUGUCUCCAUCUGCAAAGAGAAUGAAGACUUCUAAUGAAUCAUGCUAGGGUUGUUGAGAACCAGUGAUAGGGUUUGCAAGGUGAGAAGAUGAACAUGGAUCUUCAGAUGUCAGACACAUAAGCUAUAUUGGGAUUUCCAUCAGUGAGCGGGGAUGCAACCUAUGUGGGCCAUUUUGUUGAUAUCACUGAAGGGGCAUAUUUCUUUUGGGAUGCAUCGCCGCAUUGCCGCGUUUCCAUUUAAAAACAAAAAGCAGUGAUGCAUACAAUUUUGCUGGGCCUGCCGCCAUCCUUUACUGUUAAAAACUUUAAUCGAGUUUUGUCGGUUGGAGACCAUGUGUUGGGAGCAGUCUUGGCUUUUACAGAAAGAUGAGUACACUGUGUUGCAGAACCCACCUCAUUGUCAGACGUACCAAAAAUGGUGGGAGAAGAAAUAAUGUACAUUGGAAUGCUAGUCAAUUAAGCCACAAUUGAUGACAACAAUCUUGGGAUAAGGACGAUCAAAGCCUCUCUGUAACAGCCUUUAUCAACCUGCUCAGCAAUGUGCAAACAAGCGAUGUUUCAUCUUUUAAUUUGUGUUUUAAGACAAAUGUGGCUAUCAUAACAUAUGAUACUGAAUUAGCGGGCAACUGUUUCUCUUUAACAACUUCACACUAUCUGUCCUGUCCACCACAUCCCCCCACACAAAACUGCCAAUGUGCAUUGAUUAGGCGUUUAAAAAGUUCUGGAGCAUUUCGACUAGUA